AAAAUUAGAAGAAAAAAAAUGACAAAAAUUGAUACAAGUGUAAUUAUAAUUGGAGCAGGAUCCGCUGGUAUUGCGGCAGGAACCAAAUUAUAUGAAAAUGGAAUAACAAAUAUUUUAUGGCUUGAAGCCGAAAAUCGUAUUGGUGGGCGAAUCAAUACAAUAGAGUUUGCUGGAAAAACGAUUGACAUUGGAGCACAGUGGUGUCAUGGAGCAAAAGAUAAUGUUGUAUAUGAGAAAGCAUAUCCAUUAGGAUUGUUGGCACCUCCAAAUCAUAGUUUUUCUGAACUGGAAAAAUUACCAGAUAUUUUUACUCCAUCAGGUAUAUUGUUAUCAAAAUUGGAUGUACAUAAAGUUAAUCAAGUAUUCGAAGAAAUUUUAAAUGAUCCAGACUUAAACAAUUUUAAUGGAUGUUUGGGAGAUUUUAUCGAAUUAAAAUUUUCGAAUAAAUUAAAAAAUGAACUAAUAGAAAUUGAUGAAAAUGUCGUGAAUUAUGUACUCGACUGGGCUCAUAAAAACAAUUCCAUAAGAAAGUCAUCAGAUUCAUUGUACGAAGUAUCAGCCAAACGUUCAACAGAUUUUUGGAGUUGUGAAGGUGAUGAUUUUAAUUGGAAGGGUCGUGGAUACAAAACUAUUUUAGAUGUGAUGAUGAAAAAAUUACCAGAUCCCAAAAACGCAUUACCGCUAGAAGAUAAAAUACUUUUAAAUAAAGAAGUUGUUAAUAUUGUUUGGAACUCAAACGAAAAUGGAGUGAUAGUUAAAUGUAUUGAUGGUUCAGAAUACAAAGCAGAUUAUGUAAUUAUAACUGUAUCAUUGGGAGUUUUAAAAGAGCGAAUUAAUUCCUUUUUUCAACCCACAUUAUCUGCAAACAAAUUAAAUGCAAUUCGAAGUUUAAAACUUGGUACUCUGAAUAAGUUAAUUUUUGAAUUUUCACAACCUUGGUGGCCGAAGAAUCAUUCUGGUUUUACUUUUGCAUGGCAAAAAAAUGAAAUUGAAGAACAACUUAAGAAAUUCGAUGGAUCAUUGGAAAGUAAUAAAUGGUUAUCUGGUGUUAUUGGAAUUUACCCAAUAGUUGACCAUGAACCAAAUUUAUUAUUAGGAUGGAUUUACGGGGAGGCAGCUCAACAAAUGGAAACAAUUUCUGAAGAUGAAGUAAAAUUGAAAGUAAUGCAAUUAACACGAAUAUUUUUGGGUAAAAAAUACAAAAUUCCAGAACCUAUAAACUUUACACGAUCCAAAUGGUUUUCAAAUCCACACUUUCUUGGAUCAUAUUCUUGUAACACUGUGACAGCGGAUCAAUUAAAAAUUUCACGAACAGAUUUAGAGGAACCAUUAAAAAAUUCCGCUGGCAAAGAAGUUGUUCUUUUUGCUGGCGAGGCUACAAGUAGUCAUCGCUAUUCUUCAGUUCAUGGCGCUGUUGAAAGUGGAUGGCGUGAAGCUGAUCGACUUUUGAAACUUUUGAAAGUGUGAUUGUUUGGAUUUAUUUUUGUAUGAAAGCUGUGAAUUUUCAAAUUAAAGGAGAAAAUAGUUAAAUUCGUUCCGUUCCUAUUAUUACGUAUCAAUGGUACAUUGUGUUGUUAUAUUCAAGGUAGAACAUGUAAAUUUUAUAAAGUUUAUUUAAAUUUU